AUGAACUUUACAGGUGAAAUGCCGAUCUUACGCUUAAGGAAAACAAAUCUGAUAUAGAAGACUUCACAAUACCAUUCUGAGAAUCAAGAGGGGCCAAACCUGAAAGCAUUAUUCUCUUUGAACACUACAUAAACAAAGAUGAAUGACUACAGAUUUAUAUUCCCCUACCUCAGGGCAUUUUUAGGCUUUAUAGUUGCCAUUGUUCUGUUUUUACACAUCCAAACCUCACUAGCAGGUUUGACCAUCAAGCUUUUUGAAGAUUUCACCACGAAAGGUACGUGCUCUUGUGACAACUGCAUAAUGGACAAGAUGGAGGAUGAUAAAUGGUUCUUUGUGCGUUACAAUCGCAACGUCCAACUUAUCCUCAACAAGAAGAACAGUGUUUUACGCCAGGACGUCUUGAAAUGGUGGAAGGGUCUACAGUAUGCAUCAUCCAGAAUCAUCCAAAAGAAGGAUGCAUUAUCCAACUACAAAGCUGUAAUAGAGAAGUUGUUUUCACUUUUCCCAGACAAAGAACACUACUCAGACGCUAGUCCAGAUCGUUGCAGAACCUGUGCUGUGGUGGGGAACUCAGGGAGCCUCAACGGAUCCUAUUCUGGGCCUCUAAUAGAUUUCCAUGAUUUUGUCAUUCGGAUAAACAAGGGCCCGACAAAAGGCUAUGAGAAGCAUGUGGGAUCGAAGACCACACACCGGUUUAUCUAUCCUGAAAGCGCUGUGGACAUUGACAGCUCUAUUCACCUAGUGUUUUGUCCAUUUAAAAUAUUGGAUAUGAACUGGCUCAUCAGUGCCUUCACCACUAAACACAUCAAAUAUACAUACAUGAAAGUGAGACCUACAAUAAAAGCAAACAAAAACAAGGUCAUGAUUCUUCAUCCUGCAUUUAUAAAAUAUGUGUAUGAUAGCUGGUUGCAAAAACAUGGCAGAUAUCCAUCUACUGGCUUCUUAACACUGAUAUUUGCCCUACACAUCUGUGAUAAGGUUAGUGUGUUUGGGUUUGGACCGACCAGUGACGGCUACUGGCAUCAUUAUUUUGACAGAAGUCUGACUGACUUUAGAAGAGGAGGGUCCAGCGGCAUGCUCCCCUGUGAGACAUAAAUAAAAAAAAUAAACAGCACCAAAGCAUGUUAUUUUAGUAUGUUUGGGACCUUGAUUUCUACAUUUUCUUGUGUAGCUUGAAUGUUAAUAUGUGAUACAAUCUAGGGAGGUUUCUCACAAUGGUUUAAAAAAUAGACUGUACCAUGUUAAAAUGAUGGUAAUAACAUGGUAUUUUGAUUUAAACUAUAUUACUGAAAUUAUAUUCUAAGGUACCUUAGAAUUAUUUUUGCAUUAUCUAAGCAUCUGUAGCAUUUUGAAUUUGAAAUUUUCUUUGACUUUUACUUUAGUUUAAAGGGAUAGUUCACCCCAAAAUAAAAAUUCUAUCACCAUUUUCUCACCCUCAUGCCAUCCAAGAUGUGAAUAACUCUUUUGCAGAACACAAAAAAAUAUAUAUUUUUAGCAAAUUAUUUCAGCUCUUUAGGCCCAUACAAUGUGAAUCAGAGUUCUGGACACCAAGGUACAAAUAUCACAUAAAGGCAUCAUAAACAUAUGCAAUAUGUUUUGGGUGAUGUACCAGAUGUUAUAUUGAUUUUAUCAUUUCACACACCCCUUUUCUUUUGGUGGGACAAUUAUUUGUAUUAUUUUAUAUGCAUGUAUACACUCACCUAAAGGAUUAUUAGGAACACCAUACUAAUACUGUGUUUGACCCCCUUUCGCCUUCAGAACUGCCUUAAUUCUAUGUGGCAUUGAUUCAACAAGGUGCUGAAAGCAUUCUUUAGAAAUGUUGGCCCAUAUUGAUAGGAUAGCAUCUUGCAGUUGAUGGAGAUUUGUGGGAUGCACAUCCAGGGCACGAAGCUCCCGUUCCACCACAUCCCAAAGAUGCUCUAUUGGGUUGAGAUCUGGUGACUGUGGGGGCCAUUUUAGUACAGUGAACUCAUUGUCAUGUUCAAGAAACCAAUUUGAAAUGAUGGGCCUAAAGUGUGCCAAGAAAACAUCCCCACACCAUUACACCACCACCACCAGCCUGCACAGUGGUAACAAGGCAUGAUGGAUCCAUGUUCUCAUUCUGUUUACGCCAAAUUCUGACUCUACCAUCUGAAUGUCUCAACAGAAAUCGAGACUCAUCAGACCAGGCAACAUUUUUCCAGUCUUCAACUGUCCAAUUUUGGUGAGCUCUUGCAAAUUAUAGC